AUGGACACUGAUACUAGUAAGCCGAGUAAGAAGUCUUCUAGUUCCAUCUUGAAAUCUGAACCGAGUACCAGCGCACCAAAGGAAAAGGCUCUAAAGUCUCCGGGAUUCAUAACUGAACAAGUUCUUGUCGGUCUGCUAAAUGACGUGUUUUCAUCAUGUGUAUUUAAAUCGGUGCCAAGAAUAGACAGUGAUCCUGUUAAACUGGCACAUGUUAAGAGCAGUAAGAAGCCACUGCAUUACAUGAUUGCCCUAAAGUGGUCAAAGGCUAAAGUUUCAAUACAGGCGAUAUCACACACAUUUAACGUUUUCGACAAACAAUAUACACUGUCACAAGAUGACGCAAGUGUAUAUGGGCACAAAGGAUCACUGAUUUCAAUUGGACUGCUUAAUGGGCUCCAACUGAGUCUAAAGGAGCCGUGCGACUCGGCGAAGAUUCCGAUCUCGGUCGUUAAGCACUACAUCAACAAGGAGAUAAACAGGGGAGGCUACUGGGCGUACAUGUGUAGUCCAGUAUUCCUGAACCCGAAGCAGAAAAUACACCAGGACGACCAGAAGGAUAGAAUUGCUAAGCUGGUCAAGCUGUCGUCUGAGCAGCUCGAAGUGAUCACUCCGACGACCAUCCUGGCGCUGCUGUGGUCGAUCUACUACACGAACUCGCACGAGCGGCUGAACAUGCUCUGCGGCCUCCUCUGCAACGAGUUCCUGAACAACCACGAAGACGACGUGCAGGGGCUCGUCUACCUCUUCUUCCUAGCCCAGAGGAUGAGCGUCAUCCCGAGGGAGAGGCUCGAGCAGCUGGUGACGGCGAAGUUCAACAGCAUGGCGACCCUGGAGCUGCUGACGGUCCAGGACGUGGUGGUGCUGGCGAACGUGCUGGAGCACUCAGAUUCGAGCUCGAUAAUGGCCCAGAAGAUAGCGACGACGCUGCACUACCACGUAGAGGACAUGGCCAAGGAGUGCGUGGUGUAUUUGCUGCGCGGGCUGGUCAGGCUCAACUUCAACUUCGCCCACAACGACCUGUUCACGAAGAAGCUCAUGUCGAGGGCCGUGAGCGUGUACGACGACAUAGAGUCUGGGGAACUGCUGCGCGUGCUCUUCGCGACGCUCGCGGUGGUGCCGCACGACGUGGUGAGCUACUUCAACGAGCUGAUUUCGAAGACGCUGACCCGACUCCACAAGCUCACUGCUAGCCAGAUCGCCAGGAUAGGCUGCUGCUACGCCACAGCUGUGAACACGAGUGAGAUUCUGAGAACGAUAGCGAGCCUGAUUGCACAACUUAGGCAGGCCCUGAGUGGAAAGUCGCGGAACAAGUCAAGCCACAUUUACCACUGCCUAGAAAGGCACUUCAGAGUCAGCUCGGCCAACUAUAGGCCUUCGGAGAAGCACCUGCUGCACAUGAUCCACGAGUCAGUGGUCUACAAAUCCGGCUUCCAGUUCUCCAAGGACCUGAUUAAAAAGGGCUUAGACUACGGGGACAAUUUGUCGUACGCGUUUUCUCUGAUCGCCGACUUGGCCAGCAGCAUUAACUCAGGCAGAAGGAACAACGUGAAGGAGCUGGAGGAGCAGGCGAACAACCCGGCCUAUAGCAACAGCUAUCGCAUGUUCUUCCUGAACCUGAUUGACGACUGCUGCAACAACAGCCACCUCUAUGACACUGCCCUCAUGGACGAAGUUAUAUUUUCACUACUGACGCUGAAGAUAGACAUCGGUCCAAUAAACGAGGCGAUGCUCAUGACCACGGGGGAAGCCGUGAAAAACACAAGUGGCAUCAUUCAAAUCCACAUGGUUCAAUACGCGAAUGAAAUGAUCAACCAGUAUUCAAUGGCCAGAAAUGUGAUGCUAUGGAGUCGAGCAAAGAGCGGUGGAGACGGAAAAUUAGUAGUUUCAGGGGUGGAGAUCAACGACGAGUGCCUGUACCUGCUGGGCAGAGACAGGACGAAACUCAGUGAGCCACCCGUGGCCUCAGCGCCUAGUGCGACUGCUGCUGCUACCACAACUGCUGAUAAGAGUGGAAGUGGCGGCAGCACAGUUGCCAGCAGUGGCACCAGUAAUAUCAGCAACACUGCUCCUAGUGGGACCAACAGCAGUGCCAAGGGCAGAGCCAUUACUAGGACCAGCAAAGCAUCCAGCAACGGUGAUUCAGAAUCCAAAAGGCAUUCUAGGCCUGAGACGAAAGAGACAACAGGCAAUGCGAAUCAGCAAACUGCCACCGGAAGUUCUAAGAACGAGGGUGAUCCUGCCGUCAAUGGCAUUAGUGGCACCAGCAGUGGCGUAACAACAAAAGCAGAAUCUGGAAUUACAGGGGAAUCAUCAGAAGUAUUGGCCUCAGAGGCCAUCAUCUGUGGUAAGGGAGACGGUGUGCAGACGGCCAGGGAGGAGGACCUUCAGAACCUGGUGAAGAUAUUGAUGGGACUGCCGAAAUCAGCACAGCUCGGUAUGUUUAUAUUCGAGUAUCCAUGGCACAAAUCCCCUGGCUGUUAUGUGUGUGCUCUUUUGUUAAAUGGUCAGGGCACAGUUGAGGUGAAAGCGCACUGA